UUGUUUCUCUAUGUUUGGUCUGGGUGGGGUUGGAGCCCAGGGGAAGAUUUACAGAACAAAAGGAAAGACAAGUGGGCCAAAUAUACGUUGUAAUGUUUCGUAUACAAAAAUCUGUUUUGAAAUUCCCUCUCGAAACCUUGCAGCACUAGCUAGUGGGAUAAAUGAAUAAUUUAGCGUUUAUGAUCAUACAGUGGUGUCUGUAGCCUUUGGCUUUUCAUAAAUGGCCUUGCACUUUCAAAAAUGAGAGCAGAUAGAGCUCAUUUUCUGAAGUUUUAUUCUCUCUGUAUUUCCGCCGCCUGGGUAAAGUGUGUGUGCUGUAAGUUGGGUGAGGCUCUAGCCAUGUGAAUCUGUUAAUGUUUUUAUCGUGUGUGUGUCUUUCUCCUACCAUGCUGCUCUUAUUGGAUACCCUCAAGGUGGGGAUUUUAGCACUAUGUAUUCCUCCACUUUCAAUGGUUUGAGUCACGACCCUGAUAACUUGCAUGAGUCUGUCCCGUUGCGUCCAAGCGAGGACCAAAACGACAACGGGAUGUCAGUUGUACCUCAGUCAGCCUCGCGGAGUCCCCCCCAUCUUGAGAAUGGCUGGCGUCCGGCCCAGCCGGAGUUCGAUGGCUUGCGGUCGGACCAAAUCGAACCUGACAGCUGGUAUUCGGCCCACCCUGCGUCUGACGCCUUGCAGUCAGACGAGUUCAAUUCCAAUGCUUUGCCGUCAGAGCAGUUCAACUCCGAUAGCUUACUAUCAGACCAGCUGAACUCCAAUGGCUUGCGGUCAGUCCAACUCAACUCUGAUGGUUUGUGUUCAGACCUGCUGAACUCUGAUGGCUUGCAAACAGACCAACAAAUCUCAGAUGGCUCGGACCAGAUGAACUCCAAUGCCUGGCAGUCAGACCAGCUCGAGUCUGAAGCCUUGCGGUCUGACCAGCUGAACUCCGAUGCCUUGCCGUCAGACCACCUUAACUCUGAUGCCUGGCGUUCUGACCAGCUUGAGUGCGAUGGCUCGCGUUCAGACCAGCUAGACUGUGAUGGUUUGCAUUCAGCCCACAUUGAAUCCGAAGGCUGGCAUUCGGAUCAUUUGGAGUCGGACUGGAGUGGUGUUGCAGUGAUCGGCAGUGCUGCCCCCGAGGAGCGGGCUUCACCCAAACUCAAAUCCCGCAGCUGUGAUGACCUGCUGUCUGAUGAACCGGGUAGACCCGAGGAGCACCAGGUCCGGUCCGAGAGCACUGGGUCACUCCUCCACGCCAGCCAACAGUUGAACGGCCACUGUGACAUCGUCCUGAGCCCGGAGCUGCUCCAAGAACGAGCCAGGCAACGCUCGGCACACGACGCACCAGGGUUCCUGAAAUUAUACCGAAGGAUGCACCACAUCGACCGGCGCGACAUGAUCAAGUCCGAGGUCAUCUGCUCAGUCAAGACGCGCAUCCACGAAUAUGAGCGCGUACAGCACAUGGAUCGCUUGCCUCACGCGCUACAUGGGAACAAUGACGUGCCCCAGAACAUGGUGCCCAACCGCAUCUCGCAGUUCGAGAUGAUGAUCCAGAAGUCUAAAUCCAUGCCCAACCUGGAGGCCGAGGGUCGCUCCCAUCCCCCCUCCAGGAAGAGCACAAGCCCCAGCCCCAGACGCAGCUUCUCCACCGACUUCUUCCUGGACGAGGACCCGCCGGCCAGGAACCCUCCCGAGGGUCGGCCGCAGUGCCACAGGGCCAACGCCCUCCCGCCACAACCACCACUACCCCCGCUGCCGACACCCGUUCAGAUCCACAUCACACCCGACCGCAUGCAUCUCCCCAUCUCCAUCCCGGCCACCGCCACCAACACCCCCGUCUCUGUCGCUGCUAACCACGACUGCUCGGACAGCGAGCAUGAUGCUGUCGUGUCAGAUCUGAGCGACUUCAUCCAAGUGGAGGGCUCAUCCCUCUGCAGCGAGAGCGACUUUGACCACUGCUCCUACGCCUCAUCAGAGAGCUUCUACGCACCUCCACCUCCAUCCAACAUCCACCACCACCACCACAGCCUCAAUCACCACCACACCAACGCCAACCAUCACCACCACAGCAGCAACCGCCACCACAACCACCAUCACCACCACCACCAGUAUGUCCAGCACCACCACAGGCAGCUGGUCAGCACCUGCAAGGGCCACUGCCCGGCUUCCUACACCCGCUUCACCACCAUGCUGAAGCACGAACGGGCCAAGCAGGACCAGCGGCGGCAGCUGCGGCCCGAAGACGCUGACUCGGCUCUGGACAAGCUGGCCUUCCUGGUCAGCCCGGUGCCCUUCCGCCGGAAGAAGAACUCGUCAUCUGCUAUGUCCUCCCCCGGCUUUCCUCUCAGCCGCGUGCAGCGCUCCAAGAGCUCCGUCUACGAGGCCCUGGACUCUGCCCUGAAGGACAUCUAUGACCACAUCCAAGCGGAGAAGCGGCGCGGGAGCCUGCCGGACGACAGCAUCCUCAACCGGCUGCUGGCUGAGCUGCUGCCGGACAUCCCUGACAGGCACUCGUCCCUCGUGGCACUGGAGACAGCCAGCCAACUGGAGACCAGACACCAACAUCAGCAGCACCACCAGCACCGCAACCAUCAGCACAACCACAACCACAGCCACAACCACCACUCCCAGCCGGAUGGCAUGGACUGGUGCCAGGCUGAGGUCUCACAGCGUGUGCCCCGCAGCUCCUCUUGUCACGCCCGCACAGAACGCAACCAUGGUGGCAGCGGUGGACGGCAGGAGGGCCUGUUCUUCCUCAACGGCACAGAGCACGGCUACGAAGGUGGAGCAGAGAUCAAUGGUCAAAAUAUUUACUACCUAUUGCACCAUUUGCCCCCCAUCGUGAAUUGUGACUCAGACCUCAAACCUACCUUUCUCCACCUAUUUUUUUUAUCUUCCUUUCUUGUGUUUGAGCACGUUUUUCUGUGGUGAACCCAUUCCUUUCCUUUCCAUUGCUGUCAUGCUGUCUCCACCCCUGUGCCCCUUGUGAAUGUGCUUGUGUAGUUUUGAACAGACAAUUGACCCCAUACCUCAGGAGGAAAACACGCAUCAAGCAUGACUACAUCUCCCAUCUCACCUUAUCUCCAAGUGCAUGACGGACUGCUUCGCCUGUCGGGUGUCAGCAGCCAGGCUCUUGCAUUAAUGCUGCUCAUUGUGGUAGUUACAGCCGUCAGCAUUUUUUUUAAAUUUCCAUAUUAUUUGUACUAUAUUUUUGUACUUUUGUUUGUUUUUAUCAUGCCAUUCAUUUUAUUUUACUCUGUGUUUGAUACAUACUACUUUUGCUUAUUGUUGUUGUUUCCAUCAUAUGGCUUUCAUCACCAUGGUGUCUUCCACUUUGAAGAAUUCCAUCCAUUAUUUUACUAUUAUUUAUGUCGUGUGGUAUGCGUAGUGUAUGUCUGUGUCUGUGUCUGUGUAUGUGAAGAGGGAGGGUGGGCAUUAUGGUUGAACCACACACCCAAGCCUGAAGAGGUAACUGCUUUAUCUGCUUAUAACUG